CACCAUGGCCGCCAACUCGCAGGGAAUCCAGACGCUGCUCGAGGCCGAGAAGGAGGCCAGCAAGGUCGUGACCAAGGCGCGCCAGUACCGCGUGCAGAAGCUCAAGGACGCGCGGACGGAGGCGGCCAAGGAGAUCGAAGAGUACAAGGCGCAGAAGGAGGCCGAGUUCAACAAGUUUGAGUCGGAGCACACAUCGCACAAGUCGACGUCGCAGUCGACAAUCGACGAGUCGACGAAGAAGCAGCUCGCCGAGGUCGAGGACUCGAUGAAGAAGAACCGCGGGGCGGCACUCCAGAAGGUCGUGGACCGCGUCCUCUCCGUCGAGCCCAAGCUGCACCCCAACCUCAAGAAGGUCGAGGCGUAG